AAAAAAGGCCUAUUGACAUGCAGCGCCACCAUGCUCACGAGGUUGCUAUAAAUCUCGAAAAACCUCUCCAGCCAAUCACAGAAGACCACGAAUCGCCGGCCACGUCCAUCAAACGAAUUUUGUCUCGGAAAGUUUUCACGCGAAAAACCAGGAAAAAUCUCUGUGAUUUGUGAAAUGUUGUGCUUGAAACAGAUAGCUGUGGUGUCGCUGGCCAUUUUCAUGGGCACGGCCCUGGCCGGCGAACAGGAUGUCCUGGAAUUAUCGGAUGAUGAUUUUUCCACAAGAGUGGCUGAAGUUGAGACAACAUUAGUCAUGUUUUAUGCUCCAUGGUGUGGCCACUGCAAGAGACUGAAACCAGAGUACGCUAAGGCUGCUGAAUUGCUGAGAGGAGAUGACCCACCAAUUGCCCUGGCAAAGAUUGACUGUACAGAAGCCGGCAAGGAGACCUGUGGGAAGUUCUCCGUGUCCGGAUAUCCUACCCUCAAGAUCUUCCGCAAUGGUGAGGUGUCGCAGGAGUACAAUGGACCCCGGGAAGCUGCCGGAAUUGUCAAAUAUAUGCGUGCUCAAGUGGGACCAGCUUCAAGGGAUCUCCUGACCCUGGAGGCUCUUGAUAAUUUCCUGGCUGUACCUGAGGCAGCCGUGGUGGGUCUGUUUAAGAAGGAAACUGAUCUCAAGGGUGUCUUCCUCAAGUACGCCGACAAGAUGCGCGAGAAACUUCGCUUUGGACACUCCAGUGCUGCUCCAGUUCUCGAGAAGUACGGCGAAUCCGAUGCCAUCCUCCUGUUCAGGGCCUCAAAUCUCCACAAUAAAUUCGAAGAGAACUACCUCAAAUUCGACGGCAGCGAUGUUGGGGAACUCACACAAUUCGUCCGGAAGAACCUGCAUGGUUUGGCUGGUCACAGAACACGUGACGCCGUUCCAGAAUUCCACAAUCCUCUGGUCGUGGCCUACUACAAUGUGGAUUACGUGAAGAAUGCCAAGGGCACCAACUACUGGCGCAAUCGUGUCCUCAAGGUGGCCAAGGAGUUCAAGGAUAAGCUCACCUUUGCCAUCAGUGCCAAGGAUGAAUUCCAGCAUGAGCUCAAUGAGUAUGGGUACGAUUAUGUUGGCGAUAAGCCCCUGAUACUGGCUCGUGAUGCUGAUAACCAGAAAUUCAUCAUGAAGGAUGAGUUUUCGGUGGAGAAUCUCCAGAAAUUUGCCACAGAUCUGCUGGCAGGAAGUCUAGAGCCAUACAUUAAGUCCGAGGCUGUUCCGGAGAAGAAUGAUGGACCAGUGAAGGUUGCCGUGGCGAAGAAUUUCAAGGAAUUGGUCACAAAUGCAGAUAAGGAUGUUUUGGUGGAAUUCUAUGCACCAUGGUGUGGACAUUGCAAGAAAUUGGCUCCGGUCUAUGAUGAGUUGGGAGAGAAGCUGAAGGGUGAAUCUGGUGUGCAAAUUGUGAAGAUGGAUGCGACAGCAAAUGAUGUUCCGCCUCAGUUUGAAGUUCGUGGUUUUCCGACGUUGUUCUGGGUGCCCAAGGAUAACAAAUCCAAGCCAGUUAAGUACGAGGGUGGCCGGGAAUUGGAUGAUUUCGUCAAGUACAUUGCUAAACAUGCCACAGAUGAGCUCAGUGGAUUCGAUCGAAGUGGCAACACCAAGAAGAGUGAACUUUAAAUCUCAAACAUUUAAUUUUUAUACAUUAGCAUUUCUGUCAUUUCUUCAGACAUUCAAAACAAAAAAAAACAAAAAAAAUAGCGGAUUAGUUAAGAAUUAAACUCCUGUACUCAUCGUGAAAUUUAUAAUCCUUUGUAAUAAGUAAUGGAGAAAGAAAGAGAGAGAAAAACUAAA